AUAUUCCUUUCCAGAGAAGAUUGGCUGACUUGGUGUUUUAGUCACAUGGGCCAGACGAAGGUGUUUGCUUAUGAUCAUUGUUUCUGGUCUAUGGAUGAAUCUGUCAAAGAAAAGUAUGCAGGUCAAGAUAUUGUUUUCAAGUGCCUUGGGGAGAAUAUCCUACAGAAUGCUUUUGAUGGCUACAAUGCGUGUAUCUUUGCCUAUGGACAGACUGGAUCUGGAAAAUCUUACACCAUGAUGGGCACAGCUGACCAACCUGGAUUAAUCCCAAGACUUUGCAGUGGACUCUUUGAACGAACUCAGAAAGAGGAAAAUGAAGAACAGAGUUUUAAAGUAGAAGUGUCCUACAUGGAAAUUUAUAAUGAAAAAGUUCGAGACCUGCUUGAUCCCAAAGGAAGCCGUCAGACGUUGAAAGUCAGAGAGCAUAGUGUGUUGGGACCUUAUGUCGACGGACUUUCUAAACUGGCUGUCACAAGCUACAAGGAUAUUGAGUCGUUGAUGUCUGAGGGUAACAAAUCUCGCACAGUUGCUGCAACCAACAUGAACGAGGAGAGUAGCCGAUCCCAUGCAGUUUUCAAAAUCACCCUCACGCAUACUCUCUACGAUGUGAAGUCUGGGACAUCUGGAGAGAAAGUGGGCAAACUGAGCCUGGUGGAUUUAGCUGGCAGUGAACGAGCAACGAAGACGGGCGCUGCAGGGGACAGGCUGAAGGAAGGGAGCAAUAUUAACAAGUCCCUCACAACCCUCGGUCUAGUUAUCUCAGCUCUUGCAGAUCAGAGUGCUGGCAAAAACAAGAAUAAAUUUGUUCCAUAUCGUGACUCAGUUCUCACUUGGCUGCUCAAAGACAGUCUUGGGGGUAACAGCAAGACUGCCAUGGUGGCUACUGUGAGUCCUGCAGCUGAUAACUAUGAUGAAACCCUCUCAACUCUGCGGUAUGCAGAUAGAGCCAAGCACAUUGUUAACCACGCUGUGGUGAACGAGGACCCUAAUGCCCGAAUUAUCCGGGAUCUCCGGGAAGAAGUUGAGAAACUCCGGGAGCAACUGACCAAAGCAGAGGCGAUGAAAUCUCCAGAGCUAAAGGACCGGCUGGAAGAAUCUGAGAAGCUAAUCCAGGAAAUGACUGUGACCUGGGAGGAGAAAUUAAGGAAAACGGAGGAGAUUGCACAGGAACGACAGAAACAGCUUGAGAGUCUUGGAAUAUCUCUUCAGUCUUCGGGAAUCAAAGUUGGGGAUGAUAAAUGCUUCCUGGUGAAUCUGAAUGCUGACCCAGCUCUGAAUGAGCUUCUGGUCUACUACUUAAAGGAACAUACAUUGAUAGGGUCAGCAGAUUCCCAAGAUAUCCAACUGUGCGGCAUGGGAAUUCUUCCUGAACACUGUAUUAUAGACAUCACAUCAGAGGGCCAGGUUAUGCUGACUCCUCAGAAGAACACCAGAACAUUUGUAAAUGGGUCAUCUGUCUCCAGUCCAAUACAGUUACACCAUGGGGACAGGAUAUUAUGGGGAAACAACCAUUUCUUCAGACUCAAUUUGCCUAAAAAGAAAAAGAAAGCAGAACGAGAGAAUGAGGACCAGGAUCCCUCCAUGAAGAAUGAGAACAGUUCUGAGCAGCUGGAUGUAGACGGAGACUCCUCCAGCGAGGUGUCCAGUGAAAUUAACUUUAAUUACGAAUAUGCACAGAUGGAGGUCACCAUGAAGGCCCUGGGCAGCAAUGACCCAAUGCAGUCCAUAUUAAACAGCCUAGAACAACAGCAUGAAGAAGAAAAACGAUCUGCACUGGAGCGCCAGAGGCUUAUGUAUGAGCACGAAUUGGAGCAGCUCCGGAGAAGGCUGUCUCCUGAGAAGCAGAACUGCCGGAGCAUGGACAGGUUUUCUUUCCACUCGCCCAGCGCUCAGCAGCGCUUGAGACAGUGGGCUGAGGAGAGAGAAGCAACGUUGAAUAACAGCCUCAUGAGGCUGAGGGAACAAAUUGUUAAGGCCAAUCUCUUGGUGAGAGAAGCUAAUUACAUUGCUGAGGAGCUGGAUAAAAGAACAGAAUACAAAGUUACCCUACAGAUUCCAGCCUCCAGCCUGGAUGCCAACAGGAAGCGAGGCUCUCUUCUUAGUGAGCCUGCAAUCCAGGUGAGAAGAAAAGGAAAAGGGAAGCAGAUUUGGUCUUUGGAAAAACUGGACAACAGGCUGUUGGAUAUGAGAGACCUUUAUCAGGAGUGGAAAGAGUGUGAAGAAGAUAACCCAGUCAUACGAUCAUACUUCAAACGUGCUGAUCCAUUCUAUGACGAGCAGGAAAAUCACAGUCUGAUUGGGGUGGCCAAUGUCUUCCUUGAGUCCCUUUUCUAUGAUGUGAAGUUGCAAUACGCUGUUCCCAUCAUCAACCAGAAAGGAGAGGUGGCAGGCCGGCUGCAUGUGGAGGUGAUGCGCAUCAGUGGUGAUGUCGGGGAAAGGAUCGCGGGAGGGGAUGAGGCGACAGAGGUCUCCUUUGAGAAGGAGACCCAGGAGAACAAACUGGUGUGCAUGGUUAAAAUCCUCCAAGCUAAUGGGUUGCCACAGCAUCUGUCCCACUUUGUGUUCUGCAAAUACAGCUUCUGGGAUCAACAGGAGCCGGUGAUUGUCGCUCCUGAAGUGGACACCUCCUCAUCUUCCGUCAGCAAGGAGCCGCACUGCAUGGUUGUCUUUGAUCACUGCAAUGAGUUUUCUGUUAACAUCACUGAAGACUUUAUCGAGCAUCUUUCCGAAGGAGCAUUGGCAAUUGAAGUAUAUGGACAUAAAAUAAAUGAUCCCCGGAAAAACCCUGCCUUGUGGGAUUUGGGAAUCAUCCAAGCAAAGACACGUAGUCUUCGGGACAGAUGGAGUGAGGUGACCAGGAAAUUGGAAUUCUGGGUUCAAAUCUUGGAACAGAAUGAGAAUGGUGAAUACUGUCCUGUAGAAGUGAUUUCUGCUAAGGAUGUCCCAACAGGAGGAAUCUUCCAGCUUCGACAGGGGCAGUCCCGGAGAGUUCAAGUCGAAGUGAAGUCAGUGCAGGAAUCUGGGACUUUACCACUGAUGGAAGAAUGUAUAUUGUCUGUUGGCAUUGGAUGUGUCAAAAUUAGACCGCUCAGAACCCCCAGAAUGCAUGAGACCUUCCAUGAGGAAGAGGAAGACAUGGACAGCUACCAGGAUCGAGAUUUAGAGAGACUUCGUAGAAAAUGGCUAAAUGCAUUAACAAAACGUCAGGAGUACUUGGAUCAACAAUUGCAAAAGCUUGUCAGUAAACGUGAUAAAACAGAGGAUGAUGCUGACCGCGAAGCGCAGCUUCUGGAGAUGCGGCUGACCCUAACUGAGGAGAGGAACGCGGUGAUGGUCCCCUCUGCUGGCAGUGGCAUUCCAGGGGCCCCAGCAGAAUGGACCCCAGUGCCUGGGAUGGAGACACACAUUCCUGUUAUAUUCCUGGACUUAAAUGCUGAUGAUUUCAGCUCUCAGGAUAAUCUUGAUGACCCAGAAGCUGGUGGAUGGGAUGCAACCUUGACUGGGGAAGAAGAAGAGGAGUUCUUUGAACUGCAGAUUCUGAAGCAGCAUGAUGGGGAGGCGAAAGCAGAAGCCUCCUGGGACUCCGCGGUGCACGGCUGCCCUCAGCUCAGCAAGGGCACACCCGCGGACGAGCGGUUGUUUCUGAUCGUGCGCGUGACGGUCCAGCUCAGCCACCCGGCUGACAUGCAACUGGUGUUACGCAAGAGAAUCUGUGUCAGUGUUCACGGCCGGCAGGGUUUUGCACAGAGUCUCCUAAAAAAGAUGUCUCAUCGAAGUUCUAUUCCUGGCUGUGGAGUGACUUUUGAAAUUGUCUCCAAUAUUCCAGAGGAUGCCCAGGGAGUGGAGGAACGGGAAGCAUUAGCAAGAAUGGCAGCCAACGUUGAAAAUCCAGCUUCUGCUGACUCGGAGGCUUAUAUUGAAAAGUACCUCAGGAGCGUGCUGGCUGUAGAAAACCUCCUGACUUUAGAUCGUCUGCGCCAGGAAGUUGCAGUGAAGGAACAAUUAACAGGAAAAGGGAAAUUGAGCAGGAGGAGUAUCAGUUCUCCAAAUGUGAACAGAUUGUCUGGAAGCCGACAAGAUCUCAUUCCAUCAUACAGUCUAGGCAGCAACAAGGGCCGGUGGGAAAGUCAGCAGGAUGUAUCCCAAACCACAGUUUCCAGAGGAAUAGCUCCUGCUCCCACGCUCUCUGUUUCUCCCCAAAAUAAUCAUUCUCCAGAUCCAGGACUCAGUAACCUCACAGCAUCCUACUUGAAUCCCGUCAAAUCCUUCGUGCCGCAGAUGCCAAAGCUCCUCAAGUCUCUUUUUCCUGUCCGCGACGAGAAGAGGGGCAAGCGGCCAUCUCCGCUCGCACACCAGCCCGUGCCCCGCAUCAUGGUGCAGGCAGCCGGCCCGGACGUCAGGGUGACCAGGAUGGAGGAGGCUCAGCCAGAGAUGGGCUCUGACGUGCUGGUGCAGAUGAUGGGGGCCCCAGCCUUGAAGAUCUGCGACAAACCCGCCAAAGUGCCUUCCCCACCGCCUGUCAUAGCUGUCACAGCGGUCACCCCGGCCCCGGAGGCACAGGACGGGCCCCCCAGCCCCCUGAGUGAAGCCUCUAGCGGCUACUUCUCCCACAGCGUCUCCACCGCCACCCUGUCGGAUGCCCUGGGCCCAGGCCUGGACGCUGCGGCCCCGCCCGGCUCCAUGCCCACCGCCCCUGAGGCCCAGCCCGAGGCGCCCAUCAGCCGUCCCCUGCCGCCCACGGCCGCCCCUGCCGAGGAGCCCCCUGGCCCCCAGCAGCUCGUGAGCCCCGGUCAGGAGCGCCCGGACCUCGAGGCCCCAGCGCCCGGCUCCCCCUUCCGCGUCCGGAGGGUGCGGGCCUCGGAGCUGCGCUCCUUCUCACGCAUGCUGGCCGGGGACCCCGGCUGCUCCCCAGGGGCCGAGGGGGACGCGCCGGCCACUGGCGCUGGGGGGCAGGCCCUGGCCUCUGAUUCUGAGGAAGCUGAGGAGGUCCCGGAGUGGCUCCAAGAGGGCGAGUUCGUCACCGUGGGCGCCCACAAAACAGGCGUGGUGAGAUACGUGGGGCCUGCUGACUUCCAGGAGGGCACGUGGGUUGGCGUGGAGCUCGACCUGCCCUCAGGUAAGAAUGACGGUUCCAUCGGCGGGAAGCAGUACUUCAGGUGUAACCCCGGCUACGGGCUGCUGGUCAGGCCCAACCGGGUCCGCAGGGCCACGGGCCCCGUGCGGCGGCGCAGCACAGGUCUCCGGCUGGGUGUCUCCGAGGCCCGCCGGAGCGCCACUCUCUCGGGCUCUGCCACCAACCUGGCCUCGCUGACAGCUGCCCUGGCCAAGGCCGACAGGAGCCACAAGAACCCUGAGAACCGGAAAUCCUGGGCCAACUGAGCCGCUGCCUCAGGGCGAACUCUUCUUGGGGUGCCCGGCCCCUUUUGAGCCCUGCCAGUGACAGCCCUGGGGAGCCAGGAGCCUGGUGGCCUCUUCCCCAGGGGCGGGGCAAUGAAUGCUUUUUGCACGACACAGGGCUGGUGACCUCCCUGGGCCUCUGGAAGCUGUGUUUCUUCUCUACCUGGGGAAAGUGGGGACCUCAGCUGUACCUCCUGAAGUGGAUGGAAGGUUCUGGGUGCCCGCAGGGGCUGGGGAAUGCUAGGACUGAGGCCCUGGGUGGUGCAGCGCCUGGCCAUCUUGCUGUGUGCCUGUGCCUGGGGCCUUAUGUUGCUCUUUCUAUCAUUUCCAUUCUGGUGGCCCCACUAAUGUCUUAACCUAAACCAUAGUUGUAGCCAGUGCCUUUCCUCCCCAAUGGAGGGCAACCCCCCCCCCCCCCGGAUGUCCUGGCUCCCUCCUCCAGCCCCCCCGCCCCCCCCCCCGGUCCCAGGUUCCUGCAAGUGCCUCUGGGGACCCCCCAGCCUCCCACCCCGGUCCCAGGUUCCACAAGUGCCUCUGGAGGGCCCUGGGCUCUGGCAGAUGGUCCUGGUGCCCCAGGCGGGGGCCGAGGGCCUGAGCCCCCCAUCCCUCCUCUGCCAGGGUUUCUUAGUGGUUUCUUUGUGGGUGUUUUGGCAUCUUUACACCUGGAAAGUCUCUUAAGUUUGCCGUUGAUUCCCUUCACAGAAGGCUUGGAAUGUAUUUAUUUAUAUUUAUUUUUUCAAAAUCCGAAAUCAUUUGCGAGCCGCAAUCGUCGUCUGCCUGUGUAUGGGGGCCCAGGGCCUGCCUUGCACGUUGCAGCCUCUCUGGCCAUGCAGAGCUGCCGGCCUCCUGCCCAGGUGGAGGGUCCUGGGGGCAGCAGAGGAUGAAGCCCCCUCCUCACAUCCCUCUAUUGCGGAUCCACAGUGGCCUUACUCUUAACUUGGAUGAAAGCAAAAACCUGGGAGAAUGAUGUGCUUCUGUAGUCGGUGACAAAGGAAGAGGCAUUGCUACUUUAUUUGGUGCACUUUUGGUUUCUGGGAAGGUCUUUGGAUCAUUUUAACUUCUUGGCAACUCCCAGACCCUGAGAGUGUAGGGCUGGGACUUGGCGGCUGGGUGGGUACAGGGAGUGUGCCUGGUUUGUCUCCAGACCCUGGCAGCAGCCACACCCCCAGGCCCACUGUGCAUGGUGCGUGCGACACAGCCGGAAGCUUCCAGGGUGGCCUUUACCUCCUUGCUGGGGAACUUCUGCUCCUGGAGCCUUUGGUGCCAGGUUUGUGGGGUGGGGGUUAGUGUCUAUGUGUGGAAGGCCACCAAUCUAGGGACAGGAGCCCUAGGUCAAGAUUCAUACAGCCACUCUUGGAGCUGGUUUCUAGUUCUCAUAUUUAGACAAUACCUAGAAAGCGCUAUGGAAGACUCGUUCUCCAGGGUCUCGAAGCCUCCGACGGAGUGGUCUCCAUGGCAGGCCUGUCCCAGCCCUGGCUGCGAGGACAGGUUGUCUUUUUCUCCCCAGUUGCUGUGAGGGACACGAAGGCCGAGGCCGGGCUGGUAGAGGGCCUGGCCCCUGGGGGGAGGCACUCCCUGCAGGGCUCUCCCGUUCUUAGCCAGAGUUUCGAGGGAACCCUGUGGCACCUGUCCCUGGAUGAAGAGCUGUCACUCUGCCUUGCCCUUUAACUCAACCCGCUUCCCAGCACAGCAGCUUUCUUUUUAAAACCCGUUUCACUAAGAAGUUUGUUUUUGGGUCUGCUGGUGUCACUGUGGCCUGGGUGAGAGGCCGGCACUGCUGUUGCCCUGAGGAGGGGAGCCCCUGGGCCAUGUAGCGGGGACGCUCUGGGAAUGGUGGUUGGGCAGUGUAGGUGGACCUGGAACUUCGUGGUGGCUGAGCCAUCCACCCAGCAGUGGCCUCCUGUGGCACCGUCUCGGGAAAGUCCUGGGGGACGUGUGUGCCGUGCUUUUUACCAUCAGUUUGACUCACAGUGGAGGAGAACGAGCCAGAGUUCCUGAUUGGAGCAGGUGGACUUGGGCCCAGGUCCUGUUCACUCUUGCUUCUCGGUGCAGACUAAUGUCAGCUUGUGGCUGGGAAAGAGGGACGUGCAGUGACGUGGUCGCUAAGGCAUUGAGCCCCGCCGACCCCGAGCCAGCGAUGGCAGGCAGGAGGUGCAGUCUCAAGAGUGGCGGGCCAGGACGGGCUGGCCUCCGUCUUCUAGUCUUCUCUUCUUGCCUCCCUGACCAGCAGACUCUCCUCCCAAGAAUGCCCACCCGCCCACCCACCCUAGGACUCCUGAAGCGCUCCUGGAAGGCCCCAGGAGUGGCACCUUAGUGCGGGUCGGCCCGCAGAUGGCACCCGAGGCUGGGAAGGGCAGUAACUGCACACACGGUGCUGUCAGAGAUGGGGAUGGGGGAUGCUUCUGGAGGCUCUGACUCCCCACUGCGUGCCUAGAAUGUCCCUGGCCCUGCCCCGCCACUUCCCUUGGGCCCUUGUGAAGGACUGAGGCUCCAGGGUGAGAAGGCUCACUUCUGCCCAGGGCACUGCGUCCAGCAGCAGAGGGGCCAGGGGCCAGGCGUGUGACUGGAGUCCCGGGUGCUCAGGCCUGACCAGAGGGAGUGAGAGGGCGGAGCUGAGGAGGGGGAAGGCGUUUCUGGUCCCACCAAGGUGGGCCUUGUGUGUUUAAUAAGAGAACGGAGCUGGGAAGGUGACUGCUGGAGCCUGAGAGGUGGAGGUGUUCAGAUCCCCCUGUUACUUCCUAGCAUUUUCUCCUUUUGCCUUAAAAGUUCCCUGUAUGUGAAACAGGAAGUCCUGAGUGUGUGUGCGUGGCUGUGUGCACGUACACAAGACGGGAGUGACCCUGUGCUUCCUGCCCAAGAUAAUGACCCGUUGAACCCCAAAGCAUCUUUCUCCGCAGAGUCCGCGAUGCCUACCUGGUGGGCUGCUGACACUAAUGGUGUUGGGGGGGGGGUCUUGGAACAGCUUUUCUAUGUGUGGAUUCGUGUAAAUGCGAGGAGUUCACAUGUAAAGAAGUGACUUUGAUUCCGGGAUUAUAUUGAUUUGGUACACAGUAAAUGGGAGUUUAAAAAAUCCAAAGACUGUAAUGACUUGUAAAGACUCUAAUGAUUUGUAUCAUGUAAUGAACUAAACCACCUGUAAUUUUGUACCAUAUAUGUCUUGCCAUCAAAUGACCAACAGCUUCUCAAUAAAACCAGAUGAUUUCUCACCUGCA